AUGUUACGUGUUGAGUACAUUCAUGAAGACUAUACCGCGGACAUUUUCGAAGUCCCUGUGUCGGAAGAUUGUCCAAGAGACAUUUUUCAGAAGGCGAAUAUCACAGACAAAGAAAAUUAUAUCAUACUUACUGAAACGAAUGAAAUCCCAAAGUAUAGUGCUGGGGAAUCUUUAGUUCUAAAAUUAACUUUGAAAGAGUCUGCAAAGAGAGAUGCAACGCUUAUGGAACAAAUAGGAACGUUUCUCCACAAGCAAUUGAUGUUCAAUUUAAAGAAGAAAUUGCUCGAGCACGAGUACGUUCAACACUUCAUUGAAAAUGAUGGUGUCUCUAAGAUCAUCGACUCUAUAAAAAAGACUGAUGGAAACACUCAGAGUUACGCGUUGACUGCUUUACGUGUUUUAAUGUCUGAUGAAUACGGUUUUAAUACAAUAGUUGGGUGGGGUGAAGCGGGGAACACACUCUACGAGCUGAUGACCAAAGACACUCCUGUUAAUGUUGCGAGACAAGCUGCUGAAAUUUGCCUUGUUCUUACGACAUUUUGUGGUCCCGACAUUGUUGAACUUGCUGCGCAAGCGUAUUCAUCAAGAACGCAAACAAAACGGUUUGUUAAUGUAGUAGAAUUACUGAGUUCUGGUGACGUGCAAACUGUCGAAAACACGUUGUUGUUACUACAGAGUUUGAUGAAUGGGAAAUCGAAAACUGAAAUUAUCGCUUUGAUGAAAGAACAAGACGUUGGGAAUAAAUUGAAACUGAACAACUCAGAUAUCGUGAAACGAGUUCUUCGCGAAAUUUUAAGUGACUUGGGGACUUUCAGUGACUUGAAUCAACCACGAAAGGGGUGGGAUGACUACAAAUUGUUACGACCAAAACGGGAGGAACUUGACCUUGAACGGGUCACCAUAGAGAAAAGCAUUCAGAAGCAACGAGCUGUUUUAAAAGACUUGAACGAGCAAAAGGACAAAAUAGUUUCAAUGACUCUUACUAAAGCUCAACAACUUCAGACUCUUGAAGAGCAAAAGAAAGAUUUGGAACGACAAACGGAAUUGAUUAGAAAGAAGACUGAAGAAGUCGUUGAAUUUCCACCACGUGAUGUGAUGAUCGCCGAAAUCAAAUCAUCGAAGAAGGCAAUCGACUCCUUUGAGUUUGAAAGAACACUUUUGAAAGGGAAAAUAGUUGAUAUUGAAACUAAACAACAAGUGAAAGUCGACUUUGAAGAGAAUUUAACAAAGAUGGGACUUGUUACGUGUGAUUUACCGCCACCACCUGCUUUGAUGAUGGAACAGAAGCAAGACAUAACAUGUGGAAAAAAGAGGAUAGUGACUGGAUAUAUAAGAAAUGCUUUCAUGUUGUUACAAAGUCGAGUUGUAGUUAGUAAUUUACUUAACAUGUUGAAUGGCGAGAGUCGAGAGGUCGACGAUCAAAGUGUUCGAAUUUUGAUGAAAUUAUUAGAACGUUCAGAGGGGUUUAAAUUAGAGAAUGAAAUUGGUGAUAUUAAAGAAUACACCAGUGUAGACCAAUACGCUCUCACUAUAUUGAAAGAACCUUUUGUCAUCCAAAAGGCUCGAAUGGCAGAACAGUGCUCUGACAUCUUAACUAAAUUAGAUGAGUACUUAACACCACUCAGAACAAUCGAAGUUGCUUGCAAUGCACUUAAGAAGUCUUCUGCAUUGAAAGGAGUACUAACAGUUAUCCUCAACACUGGCAAUUUUGUGAAUAGUGGAUGCUCCACAUUAGAAAGAGCUGAUGGAUUUGGAGUCGAAAUAUUACCCAUGUUAAAAUACAUUGGAAAGACGCAAUCAUACGCACAGUUUUUCACAACGUCUGUCGACGUGAGUGCCCUUGAAACUGAGUUAAAGGUGUGUUGUGAUGUCGAUUGCGAUUUGGCAACAAUCACUGGUGGAUUGCGACAAGUCGAGGCGCAGCUUGUCAACUUGAAUAAAACAUACACCGACACUUUAGCUUCUGGAGGACAACUUAAUGGCUUUAAAAAGUCGAUCGAGAUGUGCACGAACAAGACAAAAAGUUAUAUCGCAAAAAGCAACCAAGUCCACUCGUUAUUUAAAGAGACUUUAUACUACUUCACUGGAGAUGACAAUGCCGAAAAUAUUUACUCGACACUUACAUUCUUUGGGGUGUUCGCAGAGUUUAUUAUUGGCUUCACUAUCGCUGCAGAACAGGAGGAGAGACAGGCAAGAAAACAAAAAGAAGCCGAUACAAAUAGAGCACAGAUGUUACACGGAACUGGAGAAGAUCCUAUGAGUCAAAUCAUUGCUCAACUCAAGAAUGGUCAAGCCGGCAAGCAAUUACUCAAAAAGUAA